ACAACUAUGUAUUUCAGUGCAUCUCUGCAUUGUGAGAGGGAAUCGCAAGAAAACCAUGGUGUCGAUCAAGUGGAAACGCCCUGAAAGUGUUCCUUUCCCAUCCAUUUGGCGUCGAUUUAAAGCCAAGGACGUGAAUACAGGUGAGCUGGUUAAUUACUAUGUGCAGGAUCUCCCUGAAGAUCGCUACGAGGAAGCUGUACAGCUACUUGUGCAACACUUUCUUCACGAUGAACCCAUGUGCAAGGCUGGAGGUGCAGCUGAUGAACCUCAGUCUAUUGAGGGAUUUUCCAAUGCUUGGCGUGCCAUUUUGCAGGAUAAAAUCUCCCUGGUUUGCUUCAAAGAAGGCUCCGAUGAGAUUGUGGGGGUGAAUGUGCUCAAACUCUGCUCCAAAGGGGUCGAGGAGGGGAUCCCCGAGAAUGCUGGGAGAGCCUGUACCAAUAUGCUGCGAGCAAUGGAGUACGCUACACGCAAUGGGAAUCUCUACGCCAGGUACAAUGUUGAUAAAUUCUUCGCGGGCUUUGCCCUUCUGGUCGUACCGAAAUAUCGUGCGCUGCGUCUUGCUGAGGAAAUUCUCAAAGCCAGGGUGCCUCUAGGCCGGGGAAUUGGGGUUCAUUUGACGAGCACUGUCUUCACGAAUAAAUUCUCCCAAGCUGCUGCUGCUCGGGCAGGCUUCGAGGAGACCUACGUGAUCAGCUAUGAGGAUCUAAGGACAACAGGUCCCAGGAUUGCAUUCCCUGGUGUUGAAACAGAAUUCAUUAAACUAAUGAGCAUGAAAUUGUAAAUAAUAUUUUAUCAGUUUCCCCGUCAUUGUAAAAAAAAUGUUUCUUUAUGACGAAUUAAAUACAAAUCCAAUUUGCAAAUACUCCCGCUCUCGGACAAUAAAUUCAUGUCAACUCGUCUGGAAUGAUGAGAACAUUGAGAAUUAUAUUUUGCUAGUUCAGUUGCUGUGGAGCUAUCGUCUGGAAAACUUGUGUAGUUGUGCUUUAUCUUUUAUUUGUGAUUUCAAAAGUCCCUUGAAAUGCCACCAAUUAAGUGGAAAAGAUCAUCAGAUGUACCCUUCCCAUCGGUUUGGCAUCGUUUCUCGGUCAAGGAUCCCAAAACGGGUGAUGAAGUGAAGUAUAGAGUGCAGGAUUUACCCGAGGAUCGCUACAAGGAAGCCCUUGGGAUGAUGAUUGAGCAUUUUCUCAGGGAUGAACCAAUGUGUCGUUCUCGCAAAUGCUCAACGGAUCCCCGAGCUAUAGCUGAUUUUACGCAAGUGUGGGAGAAUGUCCUGAAGGAUAAGAUAUGUCUUGUUUGCUUCCGAGAAGGUUCAGAUGAGAUUAUGGGAAUGAAUUUUCUCAAAGUCACCCAGAAGGACUAUGAGGGUCCCCCCACGGACUACGGAGCUUCCACAAAUGAUGUUCUCAACACCAUGGACUACAUAGCUGAGCAGGGAAAUCUCUUUGAGCAUUAUGGGGUAGAUAAAUUCAUCAAUGGCUAUGGUUUGCUUGUACCACCGAAAAAUCGCGGAUUAAAGCUCGGUGUUGAGAUCCUAAAGGCCAGGGUGCCUAUGGGAAAAGCUCUUGGGAUGGAACUCACUUCAACAAUCUUCUCCAAUCGAUCAUCGCAAUCUGCAGCAACCAGAGCAGGAUUCGAGGAUACCUACGAGAUUUCUUGGGACGACCUGCGAAAGAUCGAGCCGUGGAUGGAUUUUCCUGUCGAUGGGACUCCCACUGUAAAGCUCCAAAGUUUGAGAAUUAAGUAGCACCAAAAAAAAAUCUUGCAUGAAUUGUAUUUUUUAGUGAAUGACGAAUAAAUUCUCAGUAUGAGAAAAAAA